AUGAGAAAGCUAACAGAGGAAGAGACCAAGGUGUUCUUUGAGAAGAUUAUCAAAUUUAUUGGAAAGAAUAUAGCAUUGUUGGUAGAGAGAAGAGAUGAACCACAUUGUUUUAGAGUACAGAAGAAUAAAGUAUAUUAUAUCAGUGAGGAGAUAAUGAAGAAGGCACAGAAUAUACCAAGGGAUUCACUGGCAAGUCUAGGUGUUUGCUUUGGAAAGUUUACAAAGACAAAUAAGUUCAGACUGCAAGUAACAUGUUUGGACUAUCUGGCACAGUAUGCAAAGUAUAAGGUAUGGGUGAAGCCACAAUCAGAGAUGUCUUGGAUGUAUGGAAACAACUUGUUGAAGGCUGGUCUGGGUAGAAUCACAGAGGACACUCCACAGAAUCAAGGUGUAGUGUUAUACUCAAUGAGUGAUAUCCCAAUUGGAUUUGGAGUUACUGCGAGAUCGACGGCAGAAUGCAGAAAGCUGGAACCAACUGCUUUGGUAGUCUAUCACAUUUGCGAUGUUGGAGAGUAUCUUCGUGAUGAGGAUACGCUG